GAUCAGCAAAAGCCAGUCAUCCUUAAUUUAUGGCCAGCUUGCACUACGCACCAAAACAUCAUCAGCCCAAACUUAAAACAAAUUGAAAAAAAAAAAGGAAACAAAAGAGGAAGCCUGCCAUCUCUGCUGCUCCUCUCACUCGUCAACUCUCUGCUGCUCUCCUCAAGGACUCCUGCGUCGAGUCUCAGGUGAACUUGCACAUUCAUCUCAGCAGUUGAAGAGAGAAAUCCCGGAAAAAUGGCACAGACAUUGGUGCCCACGGUGCAAUGCCAAAUGGGAAUCCUGAGCAACUCCAUUCAAUCCAGGACUUCUCUAAACAACAAAUCUUGGAACUCUCUCCUAUUGAACUCUCAGAGACCCAAGGCCAAGAAGUACUCCUCUUCGUUCAAAGUUUUUGCUGUACAGUCCGAGAAUGGUACAGUCUCAAGGUUGGAGGGUCUGCUGAAUUUGGACACCAAACCGUUCACUGAUAAAAUCAUCGCAGAGUACAUUUGGAUUGGAGGGACUGGCAUUGAUGUUCGCAGCAAAUCGAGGACAAUAUCUAAGCCCGUGGAGCACCCAUCAGAAUUGCCAAAGUGGAAUUAUGAUGGAUCGAGCACUGGGCAAGCUCCAGGAGAAGACAGUGAAGUCAUCCUAUACCCUCAAGCAAUCUUUAAGGACCCUUUUCGAGGAGGGAACAAUAUACUGGUAAUUUGUGAUGCAUACACACCAAGUGGAGAGCCAAUUCCUACCAACAAGCGUCAUAGAGCUGCACAGAUCUUUGGUGACCAGAAGGUCAUUGAUGAAGUUCCUUGGUUUGGAAUUGAACAGGAGUAUACCCUACUCCAGAAAGAUGUGAAGUGGCCUCUAGGCUGGCCAGUGGGUGGAUACCCAGGUCCUCAGGGACCAUACUACUGUGCAGCAGGGGCAGACAAAUCUUUUGGCCGUGACAUAUCAGAUGCUCAUUACAAAGCAUGUCUGUAUGCCGGAAUCAACAUCAGUGGUACAAAUGGGGAGGUUAUGCCCGGUCAGUGGGAAUAUCAAGUUGGACCUAGUGUAGGUAUUGAUGCAGCGGAUCAUAUAUGGUGUUCUAGAUACAUCCUUGAGAGAAUCACUGAGCAAGCGGGCGUCGUGCUGUCUCUUGAUCCAAAACCAAUAGAGGGUGAUUGGAACGGUGCAGGAUGCCAUACCAACUACAGUACUAAGAGCAUGAGGGAAGAUGGAGGUUAUGAAGUAAUAAAGAAGGCAAUUCUCAAUCUAUCCCUUCGCCACAAAGACCACAUUAGUGCUUAUGGAGAAGGAAACGAGCGAAGGUUGACUGGAAAGCAUGAGACAGCCAGCAUCGACAGUUUCUCAUGGGGAGUGGCAAAUCGUGGUUGCUCUAUUCGUGUAGGUCGUGAUACUGAGAAACAAGGAAAAGGUUACUUGGAAGACCGUCGACCUGCUUCAAACAUGGACCCAUAUGUGGUUACCGGUCUGCUAGCUGAGACAACAAUUCUCUAUGAGCCAACUCUCGAGUCUGAGGCUCUUGCUGCUAAGAAAUUGCAGUUGCAAGUCUGAAGAUAGAACAGUAUUAGGAAAAUUGCUGCCUCAAAUAAAUCGUUUCAGUACUUGUGGUUUUUAUUUUCUCGCUGCAGCGUUUCUUGGUGUUUGUUCAUUGUUCUGUAAAGGGAUCUUGUUGAAUUCCAGAUAUUCUACGUGCAUUGCCUGACUGCCUGGCUUUGAACACUAUUUAUUGUAGUUCAUUGCUCUCUCCUAAUCUUUUCUUUGCUUUGAUUUGCA